AGUUCCGGUUAGGCGGUAGCGUUUGUUUACGUUGUUCACACAUCCAGGGGCCGCCUUCCCCCAGCUUAGGCUUCAAGAUGGGGAAGUCUUUUGCCAAUUUCAUGUGCAAGAAGGACUUUCAUCCCGCUUCCAAGUCCAAUAUCAAGAAAGUAUGGAUGGCAGAACAGAAAAUAUCAUAUGAUAAGAAAAAACAAGAAGAAUUGAUGCAACAGUAUCUUAAAGAACAAGAAUCAUAUGAUAAUAGGUUGCUUAUGGGAGAUGAGCGUGUAAAGAAUGGCCUUAAUUUCAUGUAUGAGGCCCCACCAGGAGCUAAAAAAGAAAACAAAGAGAAAGAAGAAACAGAAGGAGAGACUGAAUACAAAUUUGAAUGGCAGAAAGGAGCCCCACGGGAAAAAUAUGCCAAAGAUGAUAUGAACAUCAGAGAUCAGCCCUUUGGUAUUCAGGUUCGAAAUGUGAGGUGCAUUAAAUGUCACAAAUGGGGUCAUGUCAACACAGAUCGAGAAUGUCCUUUGUUUGGUCUUUCCGGAAUAAAUGCAAGUUCAGUUCCCACUGAUGGCUCAGGGCCAUCGAUGCACCCCUCAGAGCUAAUAGCGGAGAUGAGAAACAGUGGGUUUGCACUGAAACGAAAUGUACUGGGGAGAAACUUGACCGCAAAUGAUCCAUCACAGGAAUAUGUUGCAAGUGAGGGUGAAGAAGAUCCAGAAGUGGAAUUUUUAAAGUCACUAACAACCAAACAAAAACAGAAACUUCUCAGGAAAUUGGAUCGACUUGAGAAGAAAAAAAAGAAAAAGAAAAAAGAUAGAAAAAAGAAAAAGCUUCAGAAGAGCAGAAGUAAACACAGAAAACAUAAAAAUAAAUCCCCCUCCUCCUCCUCUUCCUCCUCCUCUUCCUCCUCCUCUUCCUCCUCCUCUCCCUCCUCCUCCAGUGAGACUUCAGAAAGCAGCAGUGAGAGUGACAAAGAAAAGAAAAUACAGAAGAAGAAAAGAAAGAAAAAUAAGUGUUCGGGGAAUAACAACAGUGAUUCUGAAGAGAAGGACAAGUCUAAGAAGAGAAAACUUUAUGAAGAACUUUCUAGCAGUCACCAUAACAAGGAAAAAGCCAAAGAAAAGCCUAGGUUUUCAAAGCAAGAAAGUUCUAGGGAGAAGAGCAAAUGGAGCCACUCUGAUUCCGACAGAAAGUCCAGAAGCCAUAACCGGAGCCCAGAGAAGAGAGGACCUGAAAGAAGCGAGAGGAGCAGCAGGAACCAGAGCAGGGACGAGAGGGGUAGGAGAAGCCGAAGCAAAAGUCACAGUAGUUACCAGCAAAGAGAAGUAAGAAAACAGCCACAGCGAAGCCCCAGUCACGAGCGGCAUGGGAGAAGUGGCCCCAGGAGCCACGGCACAGAUGGCCACAGAGGAGGGAAUCCACACAGAGAGAACCCAGGCGAGGAGCGUGCCGGAGAGACACACAGAGAAGGAAGCAGAAGUAGAGAGAAUAAAGAGAGACUGUAUGUGACAAUUACCUGGGAAUAAAAAUAUCUGUGCUCACUUAUUGAAUACCUGUGGCAAGGGCUAAAUUACAUACUAUUGUCUUUCUAAUAAAAAAGCUUUGUUUUCGUUUCCCGUCCCUGAAAACUGGCAUAUCAAAUACAGAAAUUACGUGAGUCCGUGAACUUUGCAAAUAUUUGUAGGUACUCUCUUAUGGGGCUGUAAAAAUAUUUUCUGUGGAGAAAUGUCUCUUGUGCCCUCUGCUAGAGAAGAGACCCCAUAAAAUGCUGUGACAUUUUCUUUGUUCUGAAACAUCAUUAAAAGAUUGGCAGUACACUGAAUGGGUACAGUUUAA